AUGAGCUCCUCUGACGACGACUGCCCACCACUUGCCACCCCGCUCGCUGGUGGCCAUGCCAAUGACAAUGACGACGAAGAGAUGCCUGAUCUCGUCGAGACCUUGGUCGACCCAACAACAACAACACCCACCUUUUCUGAAAACGCCAACGACGACGCUGCACCAACGAAAAAGAUCCCCAUCACAAUCAUUACAGGCUUCUUGGGCUCUGGGAAAUCGACCCUCCUAGACCAUAUCCUGACAGAGAAGCACAACUUCAAGGUCGCCGUUAUCCUGAACGAGUUUGGUGAUACCGGUGGGAUUGAUCAGGCGAUGAAUGUUGGCAUGGGAGGCGAGGUUGUUGAAGAGUGGCUCGAGUUGAAGAACGGAUGUCUCUGCUGUACCGUCAAGGACAAUGGAGUGCUGGCGAUUGAGAACUUGAUGAAGAAGAAGGGCAAGUUUGAUUACAUCUUGUUGGAGACGACAGGGUUGGCAGACCCAGGUCCAAUUGCUUCGAUUUUUUGGAUGGACGACGAUCUUGGGAGUGAUAUCUAUCUGGACGGUAUCGUCACCUUGGUCGACUCUCGUAAUGUCCGCAAGGAAAUGGCGAUGAAGAAGGAAGACGGAAGUCUGAAUGAGACCGCGAAACAGAUCGCGAUGGCAGACCGACUCAUCCUCAACAAGACCGAUCUCAUUACAUCACAGGAAGCCGACCUAUUGGAAGAAGAUUGCAGAGCCAUGAACGGUGUUGCGCAGAUUGUCAGGACUCAGCACUCACGCGUCGAUUUGAACUUUGUUCUUGAUAUCGCUGCGUUUGAUGCUGUUCGUGCCAAGGAGCUGGAGCAAGCUGAGGCCGCAUUGAAGAAGCAACAGGAUGCCAACGACCAUGAUGAUCCUAACCAUGUCCAUGGCGAGGAGUGUGAUCAUGACCAUAACGAGGACGACACAACGACUGCGCUUUCGAAGCAUCUUGACCAGUCCAUCAAGACGACGACAUUGACAUUCAACACCCCAGCAUUGGAUCAAAAGCUGUUUGAGCACUGGAUUCAGAUUUUGCUAUGGGAGCAUCAGAUUCCCGAAGUAGAUAUCAUAGUCGAUGAGCGAACCGAGUCAACACCAUCGCAACAGUAUCCAAAACUGGAUAUCCUCCGCGUCAAAGGAAUUUUCAAGCCCCUGGAUCGGCCAGCAGGAACCAAGCUUGUGAUCCAGGGUGUUCAGGAGCUGUACGAUAUCAAGGAGGCGGUCUUUUCUGGUGCUGGACAGGAAGAUCUGGAGAAUGCAGGAAAGAUCGUCUUUAUUGGCCGUGGACUCGAUAACCAACGGCUUUUGGCGUCUUGCCUACGAUUCAUGAAGCUCAGUCGUGAAGAUGUCAGUGUUGUAUAG